UGGAAACUAUUAACCAAGAUGAGUUGCGUGCAGUAAGCUAAAUGGCUGAUGUCCUUAUCGCCAUAAGCCCAAAGACUUAUAAUUUUUCAGAAGACCAAAUCAGCAACAGAUCCCCGCAGCCACUUAUUAUAAACCGACGCCACACUUGACGAAUUUUCCAAUCGAAAAGAUCAGUUCUUUCUCCAUAUAACUCUUCCUCCUUUCUUCUUUCGGUGUUCUAAAAGAAGCGCUUUCAGUGAACUUCUCCAGCUCAUCAAAUGGGCACAUCUUCGGAAGAAGAUAUCAGAGCGCAAUUGCUCGUCGACAUCGAUCUGCCAUCUCCGCCUCCGUCGGUGCCGGGAGCCGUGAAGAUGAGCGUUCGGAGCCUCUGCAAGGCGACUGAGAAGUCCGGCGAGCAGAUACUUAAAGGAGUGAGUUUGGAGCUGGCAUUAGGUCAGGUGGUGGGGAUCAUUGGACCGAGCGGCAGCGGCAAGUCAACGCUCCUUCGAGCUCUGAACCGCCUAUGGGAACCUACGGCAGGCGCCGUCUUUCUUGACGGAGCCGACAUUCGCAGCCUUGACGUGCUUGCCCUCCGCCGCCGCGUCGGCAUGCUGUUCCAGCUCCCCGCUCUCUUCGAAGCAGGUACAGUAGCAGACAAUGUGAGAUAUGGUCCAGAGCUAAGGGGGAAGAAGCUGAGUGACAUUGAGGUUGGGAACCUUCUGAGCAUGGCAGAUAUAGAUCCCUCCCUCUCAUCAAAACCUGCUUCAGAUCUCUCAGUGGGUCAAGCUCAAAGAGUCGCCCUUGCCCGCACACUUGCAAAUAAUCCCGAGGUGCUACUAUUGGAUGAGCCAACGAGUGCAUUGGAUCCAAUAUCAACGCAAAACAUUGAGGAGGCAAUAGUGAGACUGAAAAAAACGAAGGGAAUGACAGUGGUAAUUGUGUCUCAUAGUGUGAAGCAGGUUCAGAGAAUUGCUGAUGUUGUUUGCUUAUUGGUUGCUGGUGAGGUGGUUGAAGUGCUUUCUCCUUCCCUGCUCUCUCAAGCUCGCCAUCCCAUGGCUCGUCGUUUCCUGGAGCUCAGUGGCUAAUUUUCCUUUAAUUUUUUACUCUCUCUCUCUCUCUCUCUCUCUCUCAUACACUCAUUGCUUGUUAAGGGUUAAAAAUUCCUUCGUUCACACAAUUCUAAGUAUCAAUUACUUUCUUUAUGGAGAUACGGAGGAGGGUAUUUACAUUGAGAAACUUUUCUAUGGUUCAAAUUUAUGUGCUUAGUUUGGGCAAA